AUGCCUGAUUCAGAUAAUGAUAACUCAUAUCAAAUGGAAGUUCUGACAAAGCUUCGCUAUAAAUCUAAUGUAGACUGGAUCACAGAGAAUAAUGAACCCGGUUGCGCCAAAAUCGGCGAGCUAGACGUACAGGGUUUGGUCAACCUUGCUGAUAAUCUUGAAGAAGACGGUGGCUUCUGAUUACCAAAACGUUCAAUAGUACGUGAACAUGAUGAAAAUGAUUAUCGAAUUUUAGUUAAAGGUGAAGAAGAGAUUCGACCAGAUCAACGUAUUGAAGCAUUAUUUUCAAUAACGAAUGAUCUUUAUCAUGAUGAUGCAUAUUGCCAUCAAUAUAAUUCGGCACAAAUGUCCAUUCGAACUUAUAAGGUUAUUUCAAUGUCAACAAAAUUAGGUAUAGUUAAAUGGCUUGAUAAUACUCGACCAUUGAAAGAAUUAAUUGAAGAAAGUUAUACAACUUCUGAACGUGAUAUUAUCACUCAAGGUCAACAUUCAAGAAAACUUUAUCAGGAAUAUGUUAUCAAUGAUUUUCAAAAAUCUAAACCAACUGCUAAAUCAACAAGCAAUACGAUGAUGUAUGCAGAAGUAUUUGUUAGUUUAACCAACAUACAAGUCGAAGAAGACUUUAAGAAAAUUCAAUCAGUUGUUCCAAGAUUUUAUACACUUCGAAGACAACUUAUUACAAGUUAUGCUGUUUCAUGUACAAGUCAUUACAUACUUGGAACUGGAGAUCGAAAUCCAAUGAAUUUUCUGAUCAAUACAUUAUUUGGGCAAAAUUUACCAUUACCUGAACUUAUUCCUAUUUGUUUAACUCGACAAAUUGUUCAAUUAAUGUCACCCAUUGGUACCGCUGGUCUUUUUCAUGUAACAAUGAUUUAUACUAUGAAUGCAUUACAAGAAAAUUCUGAUUUAUUACUUAGUACAAUGGAUGUAUUUAUUAAAGAACCAUUAUUGGAAUGGUUAGUAACAUUUAUUAAUCUCUAUUAUUAUAUCGAAGAGAAAAAGAAUAUUAUUCUAGUAACAUGA